UCCUGCCACUUUCCCUUUCUGGAUCCGCUUCAGAAUCUCCAAAAUUCUGGUGACCAUGUCCGACGGCGAAGCUGAAACCUUGCGAAGCACCUUUCCCUCUUACAUGGCAGAAGGCGAGAGGUUGUACCUGUGCGGGAACUAUGCUAAGGCCGCCCAGAGCUUCAGCAACGCUCUUCACCUUCAGAGCGGAGAUAAGAACUGCCUCGUUGCCCGCUCCAAGUGCUACCUGAAGAUGGGAGACCUGGAGAAAUCCCUGAAUGACGCCGAGGCCUCACUGCAGAGUGACCCAACGUUCUGCAAGGGGAUUUUGCAGAAGGCGGAGACCCUGUACACCAUGGGAGACUUUGAAUUUGCCUUGGUGUUCUAUCAUCGAGGCUACAAACUGAGACCUGAUCGGGAAUUCAAGGUUGGAAUUCAGAAAGCCCAGGAAGCCAUCAACAACUCAGUGGGAAGUCCUUCUUCAAUUAAGCUGGAGAACAAAGGAGACCUCUCCUUCUUAAGCAAACAAGCUGAGAGUAAGAAAGCCCAACAGAAGCCACCACCUGUGAAGCAGCUGCUAUACAACAACACCAAGCACGAAACCAAGCGAAAGGGUUCACUCAAGAGCGAGAAGACCGUCCGGCAGCUGCUCGGGGAGCUGUACGUGGACAAGGAAUACCUGGAAAAGCUCCUUCUGGAUGAAGACCUCAUCAAAGGCACCAUCAAGGGUGGCCUGACCGUGGAGGACCUCAUCAUGACCGGCAUCAACUACCUGGACACCCGUAGCAACUUCUGGAGGCAGCAAAAGCCCAUCUACGCCAGGGAGCGAGACCGGAAGCUCAUGCAAGAGAAGUGGCUAAGGGACCGGAAGCGCAGUCCCUCGCAGACAGCCCACUACAUCCUCAAGAGCCUGGAGGACAUUGACAUGUUGUUGACCAGUGGCAGUGCCGAAGGGAGUCUUCAAAAGGCUGAGAAAGUACUUAAGAAGGUUCUGGAAUGGAACAAAGACGAGGUGCCGAACAAGGAUGAACUGGUUGGGAACUUGUACAGCUGCAUAGGCAACGCCCAGAUUGAACUGGGGCAGAUGGUGGCUGCCUUGCAGAGCCACAGAAAGGACCUGGAGAUCGCCAAAGAAUAUGACCUUCCAGAUGCAAAAUCAAGAGCCCUUGACAAUAUUGGCAGAGUUUUUGCCAGAGUUGGGAAAUUCCAGCAAGCCAUUGACACGUGGGAGGAGAAGAUUCCUCUGGCCAAAACCACCCUGGAGAAGACAUGGCUGUUCCAUGAGAUUGGACGCUGUUACUUGGAGCUGGACCAGGCAUGGCAAGCCCAGAGUUACGGUGAGAAGUCUCAGCAAUACGCCGAGGAGGAAGGGGACCUCGAGUGGCAGCUGAACGCUAGUGUUCUGGUGGCACAGGCACAAGUGAAGCUGAGAGACUUCGAGUCAGCUGUGAACAACUUCGAGAAGGCCCUGGAGAGAGCCAAGCUGGUCCACAACAAUGAAGCGCAGCAGGCCAUCAUCAGCGCCUUAGACGACGCUAACAAGGGCAUCAUUGAAGAACUUAAGAAAACUAACUACAGGGAGAUACUUAGGGAAAAGGCAGAGAAACGUGAGUCCCUCCCCUGCCCUUCCCUCACAGCAGACCUGCCAACUUGCCAGUCACCUCCCCAGGCCGGGGUGGCACUGCCCUCGGGGUCUGCUCAUUUAGUUGCCAGCAGCGGCUGCAUCCUUUCUUGGGCCAGGACCGGGCGAGAAUGCAGUUCACCUCAGCCAGGGUUUGCCCCCAGCCCAGCUGCCCUGUGAAUGUCUCCGGGUUAUUUAUUCAUUGUCUGGACAGUAGAGGGCAGUGUUGUCCAUCUUUUUACCUUGGGAUAGCCAUGGACCUGUUAAGCCUCUAUUGGCGACUUCCACGGGAACCACUUCCAGGAAGAGCAUGAAGGACACCCAGGAGGUGAUAGUGGCUUUUCUAUAAUUAUCAGAGACAAGGAUCAGGAACCCCUUUGGUCACAAGCAGCUCUCUGGGUGCCCCUCUUGCUUACAACCUGCUCACAUGAUUAUAAGAGAAUUCAGUGCUGAUUGCUUUCCACAGACAAAUAAAAUGGUGGCAGGAUGGGGACACUGGCAAAAAAGAACCUGUGUCAUUUCCUAGCACCUAUGACCUAUGCCAUUUUUGUUAAGGGAAGGAGGAUGCCUUUUUAUAUUUAUA